AGACUAGAUGUCAGACCAGCAUCCUCCUCUACAGUCAAUUUUAACUUUUAUCUCUAUUGAUAACAAAUAUAAUUCAGAUUUUUCCUUGCAAUUACUUUCAUUGUAUUUUCUACGUGCAAGUGUGAUUAAGAAUCCCCCAGAACAACAGAGUGAGAGAAGAGAGGACUCACUAUGAAUUUAAGAUCAGCAGCAAGAGGAUUUCUAUUUUUCCUUCUGUCAGUACCAGCGCUUCAGGGUAACGAUGAAUGGACGGUUACUUACUCAUCUAGUAAUGUCUGUGCUUUAAGAGGAGCAACGGUUGACUUCAGCUGCAUUUAUGAAUACCCUGACAACGUACAGUACCGCCCUAACACAGUCAAACCACUGUGGUUCACUAAAGCAUCAAACUAUCAGCCUGUUGUUCUGGAACACGAUACAGAGUAUACAGGUCAUGUUGAAUCCAGCUGUGAAGAGGGCAGAUGUACCGGGUCCAGAUGUCAUGGAACAUGUACCCUGAGAAUCAAAGACCUGAGACAGAGUGACUCUGAUGUCUACAAGUUUAGGUUCACAACAAACCAACCAGGUGGGGAAUAUACUGGUGACCCUGGAGUGAAGUUAUCUGUAACAGACCUCCAGGUGAAAGUCUCCUUUCCUUACCCUACCGAUCCUACCAAGGCAAAGCUGGAGUGUCACAGCAUGUGUGGUCUAGCUGGUGACCCUCGCUACAUCUGGUUCAGGAAUGGACAGAAUGUACUACAGGGAAUGAACUACUGGAUCUACAUUCAGUCUGGAUACAGCUAUUCAUGUGCUGUUGAAGGAUAUGAACAUCAACACUCUCCUUUAGUGUAUGCUCCAAAGACCCCCUCAGUCACCAUGAGUCCCUCUGGUGAAAUAGAGGAGGGCAGUUCAGUGACUCUGAGCUGCAGCAGUGAUGCCAACCCAGCAGCUAACUACACCUGGUUCAGGGUUAAUAGAGAUGUUUCCUCCAGGUACAUGAACCAGGGACAACAGCUCAUCUUUAGGUGGAUCCUAUCUUCCGACUCUGGACGAUAUCGCUGUGACACUCAGAAUAAGCUAGGGGAUAAAUGUUUUUUCAUCUCUAUUAACGUAAAAUAUGGGCCUAAACACGUAUAUAUUAAUUCAAGUCCCUCUGGUGGAAUAAAGGAGGGCAGUUCAGUGACUCUGAGCUGCAGCAGUGAUGCCAACCCAGCAGCUGAGUACACCUGGUUCAAGAACAACCAACCUCUGCUUAGGGAACCAAGUCAACCUCAUACCUUCCCCUCAGUCCGCCCUGAAGACAGAGGAACGUACCGCUGUCACGCAGAGAACAAAUAUGGACAACUGAGCUCUAACUCAAUAUUCAUGGAUGUCCAGUACGCUCCAAAGACCCCCUCAGUGACCGUGAGUCCCUCUGGUGAAAUAGAGGAGGGCAGUUCAGUGACUCUGAGCUGCAGCAGUGAUGCCAACCCAGCAGCUGAGUACACCUGGUUCAAGAACAACCAACCUCUGCUCUGGGGACCAAGUCAACCUCAUACCUUCCCCUCAGUCCGCCCUGAAGACAGAGGAACGUACCGCUGUCACGCAGAGAACAAAUACGGACAACUGAGCUCUAACUUGCUAUUCAUUAAUGUCCAGUACGCUCCAAAGACCCCCUCAGUGACCGUGAGUCCCUCUGGUGAAAUAGAGGAGGGCAGUUCAGUGACUCUGAGCUGCAGCAGCGAUGCCAACCCAGCAGCUAACUACACUUGGUUCAAGGAACAUGAAGAAAUGAAAGAAUCGGGACAGAACUACACCAUCACUAAUAUCACAUCUGAGCAUGGAGGAAACUAUUACUGCCAAGCCCAUAAUGCAAUCGGACUUCAUAAUGAUACCUUUUUGUUAAUCCAAGUGACAUCAUCAUCAUCAUCAUCAUCAUCUCAUCAAGCAAUGGUAGCUGUAACAACCAUUGCUGUCUUACUGGCCACCGUACUCCUCCUCGUCUUUCUCUGGAUGAGAAGAAUGAGGGCCUCCAGUAAAGCAUGUGGACAGGGAGGAAGGCCAGAUACUGUGGAGGAGCCACUACCAGGUCCUCUGUAUGAAAAUGUCUCGGCUCUGAACAAUCACUUGGCUCCUGCAGCAAAGAGAGAACCAAUAGAAGAGCAGGAGGACCAUCACUAUGCCAGCAUCCAUACCUCUCGUUCAGAGAACCAGGAAGUCCCUCGCUGUUGGGUUGGCUCUAAUGUCCAAUCAGACCAAGCAGAUGCUGUCUUUUAUUCUGUGGUCAACAUUAAGAGACUAAACGCUGUCCCUGGCAAGCAAGUAGUGCUGCUGGAGCUGACCGUCCCAUGGGAAGACCGCCUGGAAGAAGCCUUUGAGAGGAAGCUAUCCAAGGACGCGGGACUGGUCCCUCUGACAGUCAGCAGGCUGGUUGGAGAGCAAGGUGUCUCCCGGAGGAGGUUGGAUGCAGGGGUUUGCAGCCUGUUCCCUGGCCAGAGCAUUCAGCUGUUUGGGCAUCGAGGGGGAGAGAGAAUGAGGAGAGUCAUCCACAUGCUUCAGGGUAAUGGUGACUGGAGAGUUACGUACUCACCUAGUAAUGUCUGUGCUUUAAGAGGAGCAAUGGUUGACAUCAACUGCACUUAUGAUUACCCUGACGACGUACAGUACCUCCCUAACACAGUCAGAACACUGUGGUUUACUAAAGGAAACAAUUAUCAGCCUGUUGAUCUGGAAAACGAUAAAGACUAUACAGGUCGUGUUGAAUCCAGCUGUGAAGAGGUCAGCUGUCAUGGAACAUGUUCCCUGAGAAUCAACGACCUGAGACAGAGUGACUCUGCUGUCUACAAGUUUAGGUUUACAACAAACCUACCAGGUGGGAAAUAUACUGGUGACCCUGGAGUGACGUUAUCUGUAACAGACCUCCAGGUGAAGGUGUCCUUUCCUGACCCUACCAAUCCUACCGGGGCAGAGCUGGAGUGUCACAGUAUGUGUGGUCUAGCUGGUGACCCUCCCUACAUCUGGUUCAGGAAUGGACAGAAUGUAGGACAGGGAGUGAACUACAGCCCCUCCAUUCAGUCUGAAGAAAGCUAUUCAUGUGCUGUUGAAGGAUAUGAACAUCUCCACUCUCCUUUAGUGUACGCUCCAAGGACCCCCUCAGUGACCGUGAGUCCCUCUGGUGAAAUAAAGGAGGGCAGUAGAGUGACUCUGAGCUGCAGCAGUGAUGCCAACCCAGCAGCUGAGUACACCUGGUUCAAGGAUAUUACUGAUCGUUACUCUAGACACAUGAACCAGGGACCACAGCUUAUCUUUAGCUACAUCCUGUCUUUAGACUCUGGACAAUAUCGCUGUGACGCUACGAAUAAGCUGGGGAAAAAAUCAGUCACCAAGUCUAUUGAUGUUAAAUACGCUCCAAAUACCCCCUCAGUGACCGUAAGACCCUCUGGUGAAAUAGAGGAGGGCAGUUCAGUGACUCUGAGCUGCAGCAGUGAUGCUAACCCAGCAGCUGAGUACACCUGGUUCAAGGUUAAUGCAGAUCGUUCCUACAAAAAGAUGAACCAGGGACCACUACUCGUCUUUAGCUACAUCGUGUCUUCAGACUCCGGACAGUAUCGCUGUGAGGCUCAGAAUACGAUAGGGAAAAGAUCUGUCUACAACUCUAUUGAUGUUAAAUAUGGGCCUAAACACACAUUUUUGUCAUCAAGUUCCUCUGGUGAAAUAGAGGAGGGCAGUUCAGUGACUCUGAGCUGCAGCAGUGAUGCCAACCCAGCAGCUGAGUACACCUGGUUCAAGAACAACCAACGUCUGGUCUGGCAACCAAGACAACGUCAUACCUUCCCCUCAGUCCGCCCUGAAGACAGAGGAACGUACCACUGUCACGCAGAGAACAAAUAUGGACAUUUGAGCUCUAACUCGAUGUUCUUAAAUGUUACAUACGCUCCAAAGACCCCCUCAGUGACCGUGAGUCCCUCUGGUGAAAUAGAGGAGGGCAGUUCAGUGACUCUGAGCUGCAGCAGUGAUGCCAACCCAGCAGCUGAGUACACCUGGUUCAAGGAACAUGAAGACUCAGUGAAAGCAUCAGGACAGAACUACUCCAUCAUUAUCACAUCUGAGCUUGGAGGAAACUAUUACUGCCAAGCACAUAAUGCAAUCGGACAUCAUAACUCCACAUUUUUGAUAAUUAAAGUGACUUCAUCAUCAUCAUCAUCACAUCCAGCAAUGGUAGCUGUAACAACCAUUGUUGUCCUACUGGCCACCAUACUCCUCCUUGUCUUACUCUGGAUGAGAAGAAAGAGGGCCUACAGUAAAGCAGGUGGACAGGGAGGAAGGCCAGAUACUGUGGAGGAGCCACUUCCUGUUUCUGUGUAUGAAAACGUCUCAGCUCCGAUCAAUCGAUUGGCUCCUGCAGCACAGAGAGAACCGAUCAAAGAGCAGGAUGAACCUCACUAUGCCAGCAUCCACACCUCUCGCUCAGAUAACCAGGAAGUUCCUCGCUGUUGGGUUGGCUCUCGUGCCCAAUCAGACCAGGCAGAUGCAGUCUUUUACUCUGUGGUCAACAUUAAGAGACCAAACGCUGUCCCUGGAGAGAGCGACCCGACAGAGGCGGCAGAAAUCUCAGAGUUGUACAGCACCGUCAAAAAAUAACCCGGAGAUUGAACCAGUUGUGGCAGCAGGAUUUAAAUAGUUGGUCAUCGCUACCACCUGCUGGUUACCAGAUGUACUGCACCUGUGAGGUUUUGCCUUAACGAUACCAGCUGCUGGUUACCAGACUGCAUCUGUGAGGGGAUGUCUUAAACGGUACCACCUGCUGUUUACCGGGAUGUACUGCACCUGUGAGGAGAGAUCUUAAUGGACAAUACCUGGCUGGGUUGGUUAGCUAACCAUCCUUGCUGUCUCCUGGCUGCACUAAAAAAAAUAUUAUAUUUACAGAGGAUUGGCCCUGUUCAUUAUCUUUUUUCACAUUUUAAUAAAACAAAAAUGUACACCAACUCCUUGUGGGACCCAAACAGAACCUUGCUCAUCUGAAUCUGAAUAAAUUGCUUUUGCUUAGA